GUCCAGUUGUCCUUUCAACAAAGAACUGGAAAUCAUAGAUGCUGCAUCCUCAGUUUUUGACAUACUGCUGAAGAAUAUCUCCAGGUUACAACUGAUCAAUAUUAUAGCAUAUUGAUCAAUGCCAAGAACUUGAAUCCAGGGGUUCUUUUACGCCAGGAUAUUGUGGAAAGAUUAUUUGAGAAACUAUCAGUAAUAAUCAUUUCUCAUCCUCUUCUAUAUCUUUAUAAUAAUCCCAAACAUGACUCCAUAAUUUAGACAAUAAAGCCAUGUUUUCUCUGUGUAUUGCUAUCGUGCGGUCGUUAUCGAGGGGGUGUCUCACUCGGUGUUUCUGUGUGUUUGACCCUGAACUAAUUUUACACCUGAAUAUCCCUUUACACUGGACUAAAAAUACACAUGAUAGGAAGAAAAUCCUCACAACAGAUUUUCAUUCACUGAGAAAAAACCCUCUGAAACACUUUCCUCCAUCAAACCCAGUGUGAGGAUGUUUGUCCAUUAAAGUGAGAGUGUUCCUCAGAGUGUCAGACUGAGAUUUCAGCUGCUGCUUCACUCACUCUCUCAAUAAUAUCAUCAGAAUAAAUUCUAUUGAGGAUUUCUCCCUCCCAUGUAAAUUCUGCUCCCUGGAGGGUUUUUCCAGAGGUUCCUCCGUUAAUCCUGUAUGUAAAUUGCAGCCAAUAGAUGCUGUUGUUGAGUUGGGCUGGGAUUAGCAGGAGGCGAAUGAGUUUCAAUUUUACUGGAUUACAGAACAAAGAAAGGGGAAAGGGACACCCUGCACUGUUAAGGGAAAAAGAGAAAUAAACUUGGAAUAAAUACUCAGAAAACAGACUUUAAACCGGGGAUUUAAGCUCGACACUGGGAUGAUCGGGAUUACGGUGUUUUAGCAGACGGUGGAGCGACAUUGUGGAUGGGAAUUGUGAGCGAUUCUGAUGGAUUAAAACGGGGGAAUAAAUAAACCUAUUCCGGGAUUGACAGCAGCAACAAGGCUAUUUAAUCGCUAAUUAAGGUGAGAUUUGUCUCCCCUUUUUCCAUUCAUGUUUAGUUUUAUUGUAUGUUUGCGCUGGGCGUGUUGGUUUUUGUGUCUGUGCCGAUAGAAAUUACAGAUUAUAACCUAAUUUCUGGGCUGGGGGAGGAGAUGAAAGGAAAAGUGCUAAGGCUAGUUAGCAUAAGGGCUAACGCUGUCGAGCUAACGACUUUUCAGAACAGCUAGUUAGCUAAAUGUGAAAGUAACCGUGAGGUAGUUAAGCAGCGUUGACUAGUUAGACUAGUGUUGAGUUAAAGCAGAGAGGUUGUGGUUAGUUAUCGGUUAAACAGACGCCUCCCUGUAACCUUGUGAACAGUGGACAGCUAGCCUGUGUUUAUUAUUAGGAUUCAGCGUCUGUCUGCUGCUGCUGUUGGCUUCAUAACCUUCUGAUGUUUUACUAUCACUGUUCAGCUUACCGGACAAAACCAGCGAACUGAAGCCAGUUUACAACAAUAACUAACAUUUCAACUUGUGUUUACAAUCAUUUACUAACAGAUAAUCCGGUUACACUGUCAUAAAGAGGCUGUACAUAAACAAUAAGCAGGUAAUGUCUGUCCAAGGACGUGUCCGAACAAGUGGCUGGAGGGGGGUACAGCCCCACCACCAUAAAGACACCUGCCCGGCCACCCCUAAACUUUUAUCUGGAUUUCACAGAUUUGGUUAGACUUGAUUUAUUCUGGAUUUUUGACUUGAAGAAAUGACUCACAGUAAACACUAAACUUAAGAGGAGGAGUUUUCCUAAGAAAGGAAAAGUCUGAGGAUUAAUGUGGGACCAAGAUGAUAAUUUCUCAGUAUCCCUGCUGAUAUUUUUUAAGUGUUGAAACAUCUGUGAGGAGAUUUAAACUGGUAACAAAAAAGACAAACUAUCAAGGACGCACCUUCAUGACUCGCAAGAGAAAACUAGACCAUCUGCAAAAACAAGGACCAUUCAUGUUUAGUAAGUUUUCAGCCUGUUUGGGUAAAUCAGACAGGUUUGAGGGGGUAGGUGUUGGAUGAUGGAAUAGAAAAAUAAACUACUGUGUGUAUAUUCAAGAUGAGUGAAAAGAUGGGGCUCGACAAUGCGACCGUUUCACUCGCAUUUGCGACUAAAAGUAGAUGUGUGUGAAUUGUCAAAUGUAUUGAGGGUCACGUGUGUAUAAAAAAAUUAGCCGAGGUAACAAAUGUUUUUUUUCCUGUAAAUACGACGGUGAAGUUAGUUUUAGGUUGGAUAUAUCUUCCUGUAAAUACGGCCCUGAAAGACAUAAAGUCUUCAUAUUUUUGCCCAAAGACUCAACUCAUAGGACAAGAUCAGCAACAAUUACAGUUCUCACUUUGCCCACAGGGGGCGCCAGAGAAAACAAAAACAGAAAGUUCUGGACGGGAACUUUAACCUCCAGCUAACGACACAGUAAACGAUGCAGUGCUAAUGAAGACUACGGUUUCAUGUAGUCGUUUGUUUCGGUGUGUCGACAGUCUGCUUAACCAGGUUUUAUGUCAACACGGUCUGGGACUUAGUCGAUUAACCAGCAUUCAGAAAAUUAACACAAAUUUUCUUAUAUUUUUACCAUCAAAUGCACCAAAUAAUAUUCCAUGCAUGUUAUAAAAACACAGUUAACUUUUACCCGUCAUGUUUAACUCUGUUGUAAAUAUUGGCCUUUUGACCCCCUGUCUCAAUCGUUUGCUGAUUAGCUAAAGUCGUCAGCAUAAACAUCUAAACUGAUCACACAUGCUCCUGUCAAAAACAUGAACUUUUCCAGGUUUAUUUCAGCCGCGUUACACUGAAGAGGCUGCAAAUAGAGAAUAAUAGAGAAGCGUCUGCUGUGGUGUAGUCAUCCUUUCUGAUGGAUAAUGAGCGAACACAUCUUUUAACACCGAGUUGUGUUGUAGUUUUUAUUCCCUCUGUGCUCUCAGCUGUCGGCUCCUCGGGCUGAUAGGAAGUUAUUUUUAAAAAGUGACUGGUAGGAAACUCUGCUGGAUUAAAUUCGCAGGAGUACAAAGAAAUCCGACAGGUUUGUACACACACUCAUUUCCUUUUGCCAGAGCAGACCUUGACUUUAUUUAUGACUCUCAGGUCUCAUAUCCUGCAGUUUCAACCCUUUUUCUCCCGAGUCCAGCUUCUUAAAGUCACCUCUCUCUCUCCACUCUCAUGUGGUGUGAGCUAAAGAGCUCGUUUUCAGGCAGAGGAAGUUUAGAAACAACUCCCAGCCGUGCGUGAAAUCAAACAAGAUCACGCCAAAACUAUUACGGAUAUGUCAGUGUCGAGUUACCGCGCCUGAACCAGACCACAUUUAGAAAUAAGUCUUCUCACCAGGAACUCAUUAGUUAUCAAUAUUGGUGACCUGUAGUUGUAAAUAUCCGAAGAAACAAACACUUCAUGUUUCUUUAUUCACAAGUUUAUAGUCUGAAUGUCUGAUCAAUAAAUGAACAUCAGCAGAUUAAUCCGUGACAAACACGCAGAAAACAGGAUUAACCGGUGUCAUGGGAAACACGUCUCAUGCGUGGAAAUACUGACUCUAAAUGACUGGAUCUGAAGUUCAUUACUGGUGCUGAUCAAUAAGGUAUUGUUAAUGUAUUGAUACUUUUAGGACACCUGAACAUAUUGGCUGCUGGAUCCAUUUUCUCUUCCCAAACUGGUCCGAGGGUUCUGCUUGUGCUCCAGAACUAGACUUGGAAGAUGAGCAGCAUCUAUGUGGCGCAUUUCUAUCAUUCGGUCCAAAGGUACAGAGCUGCGGACGUAGAUACUCUAACAGCAGCGAUCACUGAAAUAGAUCCAGUACCAGUACCAGACCAGGACCUCAGUGGGAGGUGUGGGCUCACACAGACUAGUUACUGGAAUCAAUGUCCUUAUUGGUGUGGAUAUUACUGGUAUUAGUGGUUUGAAAAUGGCGGCACAUCUGUGUCUGAACCUGAUCCUGUGAUUGAGUUAUUACUGCAGCUCUUCACCACAAGUGACAUCUAUCACAGACAGUUCUACGUUCUUCUGUUUUAAUCUUAGCUGAAACCUCCCACUCCUCCUAUGAUAACCUUGGUCAGGGUUCGGGAUCCUGUCUAGAUUCCUCAGUCCUGUCCGGCCCUGCAGCGGUUAACAGGAGCGAUGGCGGCGUUCCCAAAGGGCCGUGGCCUGAGGCACAGGGCGUAAACAAAGGGAUUAUGAGCGUGUUUGCUUUGAUGAGAAGUCCGAUUUGGUUGUCAGACCACUCCCUGUCUUCCUGUUUCAUGUUGUUGGUCCGUCUGAACUGAAGCUGUUCUCUUCCUGUUUAAAAGAAGAAAAGGUCCACAGGUAUAUGAAAUAAAAACACAUGAUAACAUGGAGUCAAGACAAUAACAUCCUCAUACUAUCAACGGAGCUGUAGAGAAGGGUUAACAGGAAACUGAAGACGCCUGUCAGUGAAGGUCCACAUCUGUCUCAGUGAGCCUUUCCUUCGUACUGACCUCACCUGGUUUUACCUUCGAUACUCACCUGGUUCACCAAAACCAGAGAGAGCAGCUGUGUACGAGUCCUCAGGGUGUUAACAGUCACAGUCCAUAGUUGACAGAGUCAGAGGUAUUUCAGAGAAUUAACAUUUUGACUUUAAAAGUCAAAGCUGCGUUAAUGAGCGGAGUUAAUGAACCCUUUUAGACUUCGCUCAGGUGUGUUUUAUUAAUCCAGCAGACACCAAACUCAUGGUGUGUAGACGUGUUCAUGUUUCCAGAUGUGUGGUGAAAAACAAACACUCAGUCAGGAUUUGAUUUGGACCCCUUUGUCCUCCUUAAACACCUUAAAUAAAGGUGUUCAGGGAUUAGCUCUGAAUGACAUCCAGGCAGUGUGCCCAGGAUUUCAGGAGCUGGAAGAACCAUGCAGGAGAAAUAUACUGAAAUUAGACAUCAGCAGAAACGUAAAGAGGGACGAGGGGGGGGCUGGUUUUAUUGAUGCUGAUAAUCUUCUUAGUAAAUGAAAAUAAGAGCCGAGCGUCAAACAGGCAAAUCAUUUAAUAACCAACCGAGAUUAGAGAGGAGUUUAAAACACAACGACAGAUUAUAGGAGGAGUGAAGGAAGGUCUGCUGAAGAGGAUCUACUGUUAUCUACUGUCAUCUACUGUCAUCUACUGUCAUCUACGGUCAUCUACAGUCAUCUACUGUCAUCUACUGUCAUCUACUGUCAUCUACUGUCAUCUACUGUCAUCUACGGUCAUCUACAGUCAUCUACUGUCAUCUACUGUCAUCUACAGUCAUCUACUGUCAUCUACUGUCAUCUACUGUCAUCUACUGUCAUCUACAGUCAUCUACUGUCAUCUACUGUCAUCUACUGUCAUCUACUGUCAUCUACGUUUAUCUACUGUCAUCUACUGUCAUCUACUGUAAUCUACGGUCAUCUACUGUCAUCUACUGUCAUCUAACGUCAUCUACUGUGAUCUACUACCAUCUACUGUCAUCUACUGUCAUCUACUGUCAUCUACUGUCAUCUACCAUCAUCUACCGUCAUCUACCAUCAUCUACUGUAAUCUACUGUCAUCUACUGUCAUCUACUGUCAUCUACGGUCAUCUACUGUCAUCUACAGUCAUCUACUGUCAUCUACUGUCAUCUACUGUCAUCUACAGUCAUCUACGGUCAUCAACGGUCAUCUACUGUCAUCUACUGUCAUCUACCGUCAUCUACAGUCAUCUACAGUCAUCUACAGUCAUCUACUGUCAUCUACUGUCAUCUACGGUCAUCUACUGUCAUCUACUGUCAUCUACGGUCAUCUACGGUCAUCUACUGUCAUCUACUGUCAUCUACUGUCAUCUACGGUCAUCUACGGUCAUCUACUGUCAUCUACCGUCAUCUACUGUCAUCUACAGUUAUCUACGGUCAUCUACUGUCAUCUACUGUCAUCUACUGUAAUCUACUGUAAUCUACUGUCAUCUACUGUCAUCUACUCUCAUCUACGGUCAUCUACUGUCAUCUACCGUCAUCUACCGUAAUCUACUGUCAUCUACUGUCAUCUACGGUCAUCUACUGUCAUCUACUGUCAUCUACUGUCAUCUACUGUCAUCUACUGUCAUCUACUGUCAUUAAUCGUCCAGGUUGAUACCGGCUCAGAAAUCAGAGUGAAUUCUGAUUGAACCAAGUGAAGCUGAGAGCGUGAAUUCCUCUGAUCACCUGUUUCUAGACUAAUUCUGCUUGAAUUUGAGUGAAAGUUGGACCAGAACCAAAGUGGGUUUUGUUGGGAUGUUUCUGUUCUUUAAAAAUCACUUUGUCCAUGAUUUGGUUCUGUCUGUGAGAACAGAAAGAAGACCUGGACCUGGAUUUGAUCCAUGCAGUUUGGGGACCAGCUUCAUCAUCAGAACCGCUCAAACUUGAUUCUGGUCGAACCUGCGUUUGAAAGGCGUCCAGCCCGUGAUCCGACACGCUCUGCCUGGACGCCGUUUAAAACACCGACACUCAAACCAACCAGAACUGCCGGCCCGGUUUUAAUAACGGAGCUUUAAGCAGAGGGAUGGUUAUGAGGCGGCGGUAGCUCAGGAGGAAGAGCGGUCGUCUAAUAACCGGAAGGUUGGCGGUUCAAUUCCCGCCCAUCCCAAGUCUGUCUGUUGUGUCCGUGGGCAGGACACUGAACCCACCUGACUCCCCGAGGUGUGACUGUGUGAAUGAAUGAAUGAUGUGAAUAAUGUAUCUGAUGUAAAGAGCUCUGAGGGUCUCUGAUGAAGGACUGAAUUAAAUCUGAUGAAUUAAGAAGAAUCUUUAAUGUCUGAAGGUUUGCGGUCCGUCUCUGGGAAGUCUGGGGUUACUGAUUCUGGUCCAGAUAAACCUGCUCAGUAUUCUGAGAGAAGAACCUGAAGAGGACUGUGAAAUCAUACUAAAGCUUCCUCUGGCACUGCAGUUGACAUGGCAUUACCCAUGAUCCUCUGUUGAUCCCCGCCGCUCUCCUCCUCCUCGCUCCUUCUUCUUCUUCUUCUGCAGUUUUAAUCUGUGAGGGAGAGACGGCGUCUAUUUCCAGGCUGUAAUAAUUUAAGGGGGGGGGGGGGCUAAUGUUCGCCGGCCCCUGAGGGGGGGAGGCAGAUUUAGACGGCCAAUAGACUUGGCACAGUGAGAGUGGUGCAGCUGAACCCCACCACAGCACACACACACACACACGCACACACACACACACUCUCUCUCUCUCUCUCUCUCUCUCUGUAUUGAGUCAGUGGCGCUCAGCCCUGCCAGAGGCGAGUAUAAUGGUUCCCAGUGUCUGGAGAGAUUAAAGGCCAGGGCUGCAUUGUUCAAAUGCCCCGAGAUUAGUUUCCAAGGAGACGGGUUUCCGUUGCCAUGAGAACAUAGUGUCUGGCUUUAGCUGAGCGGUUUUUCCUCGAACUGCUCCGUUUAUCUGUUUACAAGUUUACUCACAUGGUUCUGGAGGUCUGGAGGGUUCUGUUUUGGAGUUACAGUGGAAGUAAAAACUGAUCCUGGUCUUCAGAGUCAGUGUCUCCUCGUUGUCUUCCUCGUGUGAUAAUCAAGUUUAAAGAGUUUAAGCACAGUCCUGGUUUUAGUCUGAUCUGGAUCUCUGUCUCGGUUAGUCUUUGAUAGACUGCAGCAGACAUCCAUGUCCUUCUUUGACCUCUGCUGACCUUUCUCAUCACCUGCUUGACGUGAAGUUUGUUCAUGUAGUUCCUGACUUUGGAUCAACAUCUCUGAUUACCUUGUUAUUGACCGAAUUAUUGACGUGAACGUGUCCUCCUCCCCAACACUAGGGGGCGAUAUGGGUCUUUACAACCGUCAACAACAACAGCAGGUCGGUGUCAGACGUCAGAAGUGUCUACAACUGCUGCUGGGCAUUUUGGAGAAACAAGAAGAUGGAGCAUCGUACAGCGUUGUUUUUGUCCGACAUGAUGGACGCGCUACUUUUUCUAAAGAGGAGACCAACGCUACUCCUCUACUCUGGGGGUUUGUUACGGGGUUACGGGGGCGUGGCGUCAUACUGCGACUACGCUGGUUACAUGGUAGAGAAAAUCGGAUUCCAAUCUCAUUAUCUGGGUGUUUUAAUCUGAGUUCUUAAACUCUGAUUAUAGUCGGACUAAAGUGUUUACAUGACCUUCAGUUGUCCGGUCUUUAUUGGAGUAAGACAAUAAUUCGAUUUUCUCAAGUGUCACGUAGACAUACUGAGUGAUUUGAUCAGAGAAAAGCAGGAGCUGAAUUGAAGUCUGUAAUCAUUCAGUGUUUCUGAGGUUUUGGACCCUGACGAACAUCAAAAACACUGGUUUUAAAGUUUGUAGACACCAUCUCAAAUGUUUGUUGAUUAGUUCUUUCUGAAAAAGGUCAGUCAGUUUAUCGGUAACACGUCAAGAUUCACCUCUUUGUGAGAGACUGUGUGAGCGUUAAAUCUCAGAAUAAUGUUUGUCAGUGUCAAACUGACAGUAAUUCUGGGAUCUCAUGGCCUUCAGCGUAAAUAUCAUUAACAGAUCUGAGAAAGGCUGAACAAACCAGAACUGUGACUCUGGAGGGGGAGUCACCGCACAGACUCCAAACAAACAAACAAACAAACAAACAAACAAACAAACAAACAAACAGCGUUAAAACUUUACUGCAGAGGAACCAGCAGAUUCAGAGGAGAGUUCACUUCAUCAUCAAACUUUCACAGUUUCAGUCGUUUCAGGAAACUCAGAUGAAAGUUUGUCCCUGAAAUGUUUUUAUUUCAGCCACAGAGUUUAAAAGUUUUCCUGUAAAUCAGCCGACUCUGUGUUUAUUCAUGAUUCACACAGCAGGUCCACUGUUCUGGUUCUGGGUCGGUUUAGGGUUUUUAUUUGGACCGGUCCGUCACUAACUUUACUUUUACCUGAUAAAAGAUCAUAAAUCCUGUUUCAGACCGGGUCUUUAUUUUGAGUCGAUUAAAGACUGUUUGUAAAUCUGAACAAAGAGAGAAUAACUGAGGCUUCAGUAACCAACAGGAUUAUUAUUAAUAAUGAUAAUUAAAUGUAUUAUUAUUAUUAUUAUUGACAGUCUUCAGUUCUACUUUAGAGAUAAUGUUUUUAGUCCACAGACUAUAAGAGAGAAUAAAUGAACAAAAAUAAAAAACUGUAAAAAAUGAUGAUUUAAUAAAAACCUCUUUAUUUAAACGAGUCGAUCCAGACCUCUGUUCUUAAAAAAUCAUGAUCCUGUAUCAGAGACGUCUCCCUGAUCCUCUGAACUCAAACUCACAUUUGCUUAAAGUCAAAAUAAACCGACUCAGCAGAAACUGCUUUGACUGCAGCUCGCCGCUGCUGCACGUGUGUGCACGUGUGUAUGUGCACGCUCACACGCCGCUCUCUGUCUGUGUGGCGCUGUCGUGGCCGUCUGCCUAAACUCUGGUCGUCUGUCCCCGCAGAGGCAUGGCUCAGAUGAGGAAGCUGGCAUGUGACGGCAUCAGGACCAACUCCCGGGGCGAGCUGCAGGUCCCGCUGGUGUCGGCCCGACAGGAGAUCCUCACCAGCCUGGUGUCGGCGCUCGACUCUGUGGUAAGUCCAGAAACAGGAAGACUGUGGAGAUCUGGACCUGAGAGGAACAGAUGGAAACAAAGAAAAACAAGUGAUUUCUGAUCCUCUGUCAUAAAACGGAAUAAUUAUGAUUAUGAUAAUAACAGUUAUAAUAAUACCAAUAAUCAUUUUGAUAUAGAUUAUGAUAAUGAUAAUAAUAACAACAUUAAUAAAGACAGUAAUAAUAACAAUAUUAAUAUUAAUUAUGAAAUUUAUAAUAUCAACAACAAUAAUAACAUUGAUAACUAUAACUAUAAUAACAGCAAUAUUAAUAUUUUAAAUAUGAAAAUAAUGAUAACAAGAUUAAUGACAAAAAUAAUGAUGAUAAUAAUAAUAGUAAUAAUUAUAAUAAUUCAGAAAAAUGAAAACAUAGAUAAUGGUAAUAAUUAUGAUUAUAACAAUAAAUAAUAAUUAUAAUGAUAUCAAAUGAUAAUAAUAAUAAUAGUAGUAAUAAUAGUAUUUAUAAUGAUGAUUAAAGCCUAAUUAUGUUGAUUAAAAUGAUGAUAAUAAUAAUAAAAAUAACAAUAUCAAUGAUAUUAAUAAUAUUGAUAAUAA